GUGCGGCUCAGGGAGCGCGCAGCGCGGCGAUCGCCGCUGCGCUGUGUCCCUCGGACACAAGCGCAUCACGGAAAGAGCCGAAGAUGUCGGUUCGGUCAUGUGAUCAGCUGUGUCCAAUCACAGCAGAUCACAUGGGACAUGUACACUGAUCAUCAGUGCCCUGAUGAUCAGUGUGCCCUGAUGAUCAGUGUGGCCCCAGAAGUGCCACCUGUCAGUGUCCAUCAGUGCCAGCAGUCAGUGCUCAUCAGUGCCACGUGCCAGUGCCCAUCAGUGCCACAUCAAUGCCACAUAUCAGCGCAUACCAGUGCACAUAGAUGCCACAUAUACCAGUGCCCAUCUGAGCUGCCUUUCAAUGUCACCAAUCAGUGCUACCUAUCAAUGCCAAUCAGUGCUGCCUAACAGUGCCAGUCAGUG